UUUUCUCCUCUUAUAUCUGUAUCAGUUUUUUUUUUCUUCUUAAUUUUCCAAUCAGCGUUUCUUUUCUUUUCUACUUUUUUUAUUAUUAUCAUUUUUUCAAAAAAAACACAACAAAAAAGUAACGUAUACCAAGUUCUUCUUCUCCUACAAAACCAGAACUCCAGUUGUUGUUUCUUCUCCACUUCUGGGAUUCUGAUUUGUUAUCGGGGUUUUGCAAUGGGUACCAAAGGAUUCGUUUUAUAUCUGCUGACAGGUUUCUCAGCAGCCAUUCUCUCUUUGCUGUUCAUUAACAAAACUACCAUGGACCAUAACUCAACUCUCUUCAACACCCCACACUUAACAACUGUAGAAGUUUGGCCUGAAUUGGAGUUUAACUGGAGGCUUGUACUGGCAACAGUGAUAGGAUUUGUGGGAUCAGCAUGUGGAACUGUAGGUGGCGUUGGAGGCGGCGGUAUUUUUGUUCCAAUGCUGACUUUGAUUGUGGGAUUUGAUACCAAAUCUGCUGCUGCUAUUUCCAAAUGCAUGAUAAUGGGGGCAUCCGCAGCAUCUGUUUGGUACAAUGUCCGAGUGCAACAUCCAACAAAAGAAGUGCCCAUUAUUGACUAUGAGUUGGCUCUUCUCUUUCAGCCUAUGUUGAUGCUUGGUAUCACUGUUGGAGUUGCCUUGAGUGUUGUUUUCCCUUAUUGGCUCAUUACUGUGCUCAUCAUCAUACUCUUCAUUGGCACCUCUUCAAGAUCUUUCUACAAGGGCAUUGAAAUGUGGAAGGAAGAAACAAUUUUGAAGAAAGAACUCACCAGGCAACAAGGAACAGUUAAUUCCAGGGGUGAACUGCUGAUAGAUGCAGAGUACGAACCAUUGGUCCCAAGAGAAGAGAAAUCAACACUGGAAAUAUUAUGUUUGAAUCUAAGGUGGAAAAGGCUUUUGGUAUUGACUACUGUUUGGUUCCUUUUCACACUUAUUCAAGUCAUCAAGAAUGAUCUGGUUCCAUGUACCACGUUGUAUUGGGUGCUGUUUUGCUUACAGUUUCCUAUAGCAGUAUUGGUUUUCGGAUAUGAAGCAAUGAAAUUGUGGAGAGAAAACAGGAAGAGAAUGAUGACAGGGAACACUGAAUGCAUUUGUGAAGCUUCGAUUCAAUGGAGUACAUUGAACAUUACAUUUUGCGCACUGUGCGGCGUCUUGGGUGGCACCGUCGGGGGGUUGCUUGGUUCUGGUGGAGGCUUCAUUUUGGGUCCGCUGCUCCUGGAGAUUGGUGUCAUUCCACAGGUGGCAAGUGCAACAGCGACAUUUGUGAUGAUGUUCUCAUCAUCCUUAUCCGUAGUGGAAUUCUAUUUGCUCAAAAGGUUCCCAAUCCCUUAUGCACUGUAUUUGAUGGGAGUAUCGAUUUUGGCUGGCUUUUGGGGACAGUAUCUCGUAAGAAAAAUUAUAUUAAUCCUAAGAAGAGCUUCCAUUAUUGUAUUCAUCCUAUCUGGUGUCAUCUUUGCAAGUGCUCUCACAAUGGGAGUGAUUGGCAUUGAAACAACCAUUGGAAUGAUAAACAACCAUGAAUUCAUGGGGUUUUUAGACUUUUGCAGCAGUCAAUGAUCAUUGAAAGAAUACAUUAUAUCUUAUUGAAGGAAAAAUGAAAUAGAUUUGUUGAAAACAUGGCCAAUAACUUGUUGACCAAGCUAGGGUUGUACUUUGUGAUGUGAGAAUAAAGAAGUAAAAUAAGUGGGGAGUUUGAGACCGUUAGCUGCACCAACUUUCUUACAUUCAAGCAUGCAUGUCUUUCUAUGUCUUUCUUCGAAAUUGUCUGCUCUGGGAAUGUUAGUUCCCACCAUUCUCUAUGUAUCUUCAUCCUUCAAUCCUGCUUUGCUAUAUUCCAAGGACAAUAAUUGAUUAUUUAAAUUUGUGUUGAAUAUAAUAAUUGUUUGACGUCAA